ACACCAGCAAGCACGCCUCAGCCACGGAGGCCGUGCCUCACAACGGUGGUGUUGGCAGCUACAAAAGCAUGCAACUAAUCCACGCCUCUUCCUUGGGACAGGUGACAGCCCGCCUUUGCAGCGAUGCCAGGUACCUGUGAGGCUCUGGGGCGGCCGGGCGGCCUGAUUACCUUGAACGUGGGCGGGAAGCUCUACAGCACGACUCUGGAGACGCUGACCCGCUUUCCGGACUCCAUGCUGGGGGCCAUGUUCCGCGGCCCUCAGCCGGCCCUCACGGACAGCAGCGGGAAUUAUUUCAUCGACCGUGACGGCAAGGCCUUCCGCCACAUCCUCAACUUCCUCCGCUUCGGCCGGCUGGACCUGCCGGAAGGCUACGCCGAGCUCUCGCUCUUGCGGGCCGAAGCGGACUUCUACCAGAUUCGGCCCCUUUUGGAAGAGCUUCGGAGGGUGGAGGCGGAGCGAUGGCGCCAGAGGACCAACGCGGUGCUUCACGCCGACGUGGAUGUGCUCAAGCGUUUGUUGCACUUCAACGUGCGCCGCGGGCCGCAGAACUAUGAGCUGAGCACCUGCGACCUGCAGGUCUUCACGGCCAACGUCUUCUGCACGGACCGGCACUUCCUGGCCCUGCUGCGAAGACGCUUGAGCCUCACAGAGUGCACAAACGGUGGCUUUGGAGAGGGGCAUUCUGGGAAGGGCGUGGACCCACCUCGGGGAGAAGAGGGGUCUCUGCGCUGCCUCGGCCCGUCAGGCGAGUCGGACGCCACGGCGAGGGAACCUACAAACGGCUCCCGUUGGGAUUCCAUCACCGCCGCUGGCGAGGAGGGUCGGGGGUGGAAGAGGUGUUUGGAUGGUUCAAGAACCAAUGGCGAGUUGAGACUCUACCCAGGCGAUUCCACGGAUGAAGAUGCAGAAACAGAUGACGAGGCGUUGGACGACUCUUUGGGAAUAUCUCGUGUGGACUCCGCCACGUGCCACCACCUUUGCCUGGAGUGGGCCCCGUGCCCGGCAGAGCUGCCCACGGCGGAAUACGCCAAGCAGAAGCUGCAUUCGCUGAGAGUGGGCGGGAGGGAGGUCAGAACGGCCAACGAAUUCCUGGAAGAGGUGCUCAAGGUGGCGUUGGCUCAAGGCUUCCGCGUGGAUUCGGUCUUCCCGGACCCGGCGGACAUUCUCAACGCCCGCUCGUUGCGCUUCGUCCGGCAUUGAACGUUUCAGCCAAACAGCAGAGGUGGAGGGGGAGGGGCUGUGGUGCUUGAGUCCAUCCUAAGAGAAAACAGAUGGUUUUGCAAGACUUCUGCGCCUUCAGCCUCAAGCAGUUAUGGGAUUUUCUCAUCAGACACACCGAUCUUCUACCUCCAGUUGCGUCAACGCAGAACCCUGCAAUGGGGAAAAUGGAUUGCAGAGGGCGUCCCAAGCACACGGCGGGGUGUUAGUGGUGGCAGCGGUGACGGGGACCCGCAUACGCUGAGGAUCUCCGUUCAAGGAGAAACCUGCAAUCCUUACAGAGGGCAGUUCAGUUCACUUCCACGAAUCUCCCCCAAAGUAAAAGCUGAAUUGUAAAAAGCUGGCUUAACCAGCCACGUGCCUCUGCUGUUUGGAAAUCCUGGGCUAAGUGUAAACAGAGGUUUUUUCUGAACGCUUGCAAAACUCCCACUUCUAGGAUUUCUUUGGGGGUAGGGGGAGCCAUGAUGGCUAAACCAAUUUCAAACCUCUUUAAAUUUGCAAUAAACGCUGUACCAAUAAUAAUAAUAAUAAAUAAUAAUAAUAAAAGGAUUUUC